UUGUUCUAAAGAAAGUGGCCAAACAACAUUCACUUCCUAAAAGGAGGUUGAGAAAUUCCCCAGAGAAGGGCAUGUGACUUCUUGAAGUCACACCAGGAAGAGCGAAAGCGUAUAGCCAUACGCUCGGCAUAUAAGAUAAAUGAACAUGAGAGGCAGAGAGGAAGAGGGAGGGCAGUAAAUAGUUUCUCUUCUGUUCGAGGAGGAGGCGGAGAUAUCAGCAAAGCAGAGUCUGAGUGGAAGAGCUUGCUGCUUCUGUGUCUGACACAGUGAGCCUAGGUUGUAUCAUCCAGCGCAGCAAUCCUGGACGGCCUCUCAGCUUUCUUGGUCCUCCUUACCAAAGAGCUGAUCACAAACACAGACUUCCUGCGACCAUGGCUGGUGUGACGGAGAUGAGGACCUGGAUUGAGCCUGUUGUCGCUGGUGCGCAGCUUGCUAGCUCUUUCUAUGACACCGGGUUGCUGCUGGUGGUGAACAAUUACUACAACCGGACCAAUGCCUCUACAUUAGCACAUUCCGGUGAGGUUGCUCAACAGAAAGCCGUCUCCAACUUUUACAUCAUCUACAACCUCAUCCAGGGCCUGACCCCACUGGUGUCGGCUUAUGGCCUGGCUAAGCUGGGUGAUAUGAAGAGCAGAAAGAUCUCCAUCUGCGUACCUCUCACUGGCUAUUUGCUUUCCCGGAUCCUUCUCCUGCUUAUGAUCCUGUUGGCAUGGCCGAUCGAGGUGAUGUAUGGGGGCGCUGCCUUCCAUGGUCUGACCGGUGGCUUCACCACUUACUGGGGCAGCGUCAUGGCAGUGGGGUCCCAGGGCUCCUCCGAAGGCAAGAGAUCACUGCGUCUCAUUGCUAUUGAGCUCAUCUAUGGCAUAGCUGGCUUUGUGGGGAGCAUAGCAUCUGGGCACCUUUUUACCAUUUUCCACCUUAAUUACCAGCAUGGGACAGUGCUGAUUUCUUGCAGUGUUGCUCUAUAUGCUUUCUGUCUCAUCUACAGCCUGCUUGUCCUCAGAGUCCCCAAGCCUGGGGGUCCAGCCGCUUCAACAGACAGAGACCAUCCUGACAACAAGCUGGCUGAUGGCGAAGAAGAUUCCAUCUUUCAUGAGAGGCAUGCUCCUCUGGUACCAUCCAAACUUAUAAUUGCCAUGCUGUUUCUGGCAGCCAUCCUGUAUGACUUAACCGUCGCAGGUGCCAUGGAUGUACUGCCAAUCUUUCUGCUUAAGGAACCCCUGAGUUGGGGACCAGUAUAUAUUGGCUAUGCCUAUGCUGCAGGCUAUAUGAUCUAUAUCACCAGCUUCCUGGGAGUCCUUGUGUUCUCCAGAUUUUUAAGAGACACCACAAUGAUCCUGAUAGGGAUCAUGUCCUUCUCUACUGGCAUCUUCAUCAUGGCCUUUGUGCAAUGGACAUUCCUCUUUUUCAUUGCUCGUGCAGUGAUGCUGUUUGCCCUCAUCCCCUUGCCCACCAUCAGAUCUUUGCUAUCCAAACAGGUUGAAGGAUCAUCCUACGGCAAGAUGUUUGUUUUACUUCAGCUGUCGCUGGCCAUCACAGCUGUUGUGACGGGAACAGUUUUUAAUAAAAUCUAUCAGGAAACACUGACCUGGUUCCGUGGGUUCUGCUUUCUGUUGUCAUUUGGUAUCGCUUGCCUAAGCCUCAUCCCUAUCAGUAUUGUAGCAUUCAAGCAACGUGUAUCAUCUGGUUCACUGGAGAUCUUAACCAAUUGAUAGGAGAAGGAUGCUAUGUCUGUUUUGGAAGCAGACACGCUGGUCAGAACCUAAGUGGAGAGCCUGGCAGUGUGACAGCACAAAAGGAAACCUUGCUCUUGCCAUGGAUUGCAGUGGGAGAGGUGCUUCUCUUUGAGUAGCUCAAUAUGGGACGGUUGAGCCGCUUAAAAACAGGGGCUGACAUAUUGCCCAACAGUAUGUCCGCCUUGCACAAACACAAAAUCUGUGCAAAUUUUGUGACACAAGAGUAAGCCUAGUGGAAGGAAUGGGCUUUGCCUUGUGUAACACAGAUUUUGCAUUUGUGCAAUUUACCCAAGUUACACAAACACAGCCUUCCUAGCACUUACAUUUAUAUACCGCUCUAUAGCCGGAGCUCUCUAAGUGGUUUACAAUGAUUUUUUAGCAUAUUGCCCCCAACAUUCUGGGUACUCAUUUUACUGACCUCGGGAGGAUGGAAGGCUGAGUCAACCUUGAGCCCCUGGUCAGGAUCGAACUUGCAACCUUCUGGUUACAGGGCGGCAGUUUUACCACUGCGCCACCAGGGGCUCUUCCUCGGCUGACGUGCUGGUGCAGGAACAUCAGCCAGGGCACCGAGGGCAGGUGUGAGGAAGUUAGCAGCUACAGGACGAGGAGUGGCAUUCCACCCAUUGUUCAGUGUGGUAGGGUUGCUUCUGGGAUCACCUUGUAUAAGACUGCUUCUGCUUUCCACCCAGUUCCUAACCUUGACACACACCCGCUUAUGUAACACACUCUGCUCCAAGAGCAAAUCUGUAAUGGUAUAGAAGAGACACACUGGCUCUAGCAAAAAGAAAGGAUUUCUUUAAACAAAGCGGGUUGUUACUGACUCGCCCACCAGGUAGUGAGCCACCUUUCUAAGUGGCAGGCAAGCUUGCUGCUUCCAUGGCAAUUUAAACCCCCACUGGUGCAGCUUGUAGAGGCAGGGAGGCUCCCUCUCUACUAAGGAGUGGGUCCCCCAAUGCUACACCCAUUGGGAUGGCACCUCCCCACUUGCACAAGUCAUGCCAGUGGAGUUUAAAGAAUAUUGGAAGAGAAUAUUCUCCUAUACCACACCACCUACUUACAGAGGCAAUUCACUGAGCUAUGUGUGACCAGGGAUGCUCUAGGGAUGCUGGGGUGGAAAGGAAGCUGGGGUGGGGUGGAAGCAGGACUAAGACAAGCUACAUAGACAAGAGAGACAGAACUACUGGUAGGGACCAAUGAGGGACCUGUAGGCUAGAUAGAUCUAGAGCACAUACCCCUACCAGCAAAUUCUGCACAUGGUCACCCAACAGGCUGAAAGGGGCCAUGAAGAAGGGGUGAUGGGCCUCCAUUUCACAUAAUGCUUUGAACUCGCUAGAUAGUUCUUGGCUACUGGCAUCUCGCUGAAAAGCAAGAUGGCUGCUCAUGGAGCACACUUGUUGUGCUUCCAGCCCUAUGGUGAACAGUUUUUUUGUAUUUCUUCAACACACCUGUAAGAUCAGUGGAAAUAGAAAAAAUAAAGGUUCCUUUCACUCAUUACACCUUUGGCUCCAGCUUAAAACAAUAAGCCUACAGUACAUCUAAACUGAACACAUACAUCCAGCCUCUGUAUUUGUAGGAUCACAGCUUUUGAACACUAUAAUUAAAAAAAAACCCCACACACAACACCUACACCACCUAAUUGAGGCUUCUCCUCUAGUAUACCCAAUCCGUUUAUAGCUCAAUUUUAGCUGACCUCCUUCAGCUCUACAGUAUCCUUUCUGAGAUGGGGCAUUAGAUGUCACUAUUUUGGAUGCAUGUGUACUAUAGAUUUAUAAAGCACUAUGAAAUUUGAUCUUCUGUGCCUUUCAAAAUAAAGUUCUG